AUGCCCUUCCUGCUCGAUGCUUCGGAGUAUCGAGCUCUUUUCUUGAAAAAAAUGCUCCUCCUGCGUUCAGUUUCCUCCUUUCGAUUCUCUGUCAGAGGUGCUUCUUUGGCGCCGAGUUCUCUGGCGUCCCCGUUAUCUGAUCCUCAAGUGACGAAGUCUGAGAGCUAGGGUCGGAAGCAUGGCUGAUGAUAGGAUGCAGCGAAUCUCUGAACAACUUGGGAGAUUCUGCCGGUGUUUGACUCAGCGUUCUGUUGACGGAGAUGAUUUGACUCUUUCGUUCUUCCCCAGUAUUGUUUGGUUCUUUUUCCGUCGUUCGGUCAAUCUGAUAACGGCUAAAAAUCAGCAGAAUAAAAGGGCGGCAUUUGAAAUGGUUAGCGUUUGGUGGUGUCAAUCCUCCUGCUUUACGAAUAAAUAUUUACGCGAAUUAAUUUCCUCCGGAGCUGAAGAGGUCUGACGGUUCUUUCAGGAUCCAUUUUAUCUCAGGAAAAGGGCAACUAGCAAUGGGCUGAGAUUACUGAGCCUCUGACAUAAUACCUGUUACUGGAAUUUGGAACUAAAGCCGCAUAAUUAUUGCACAUCCUUGUCCAAAGGAAUGGACCCACUAGAACGGAAUGGAAGUUGAAGCAAACUAGGAAGGGGAAUCUAUUAGGAAAUUCAGUAAUUUUGAAAUUCAGUGAUGAAUAACAGUAUAUUUUAUGGGUCUGUAAUUUUGUAAAGUUGCUUUAUUUCCAAACUAUUUUAUUUGUAGCAAGUUUGGAAGGUGAUUUUUCUAUCUAUGAUCUCAGAAAUCCCCAUGGGCUAAUCCGGGGAGUGCAUCUUAUAUUGUGUCUUCGAAGUUUUAGGAUUUUCUCAUGUUUUUGUUUAGCGCAGCCUUUCCUCGAUAUAUUCAUGAAGAGCGCAUUUGUUCCCAUUCCUUGUCAGUAUUUCUUUCGAACUUUAUGAACAUGAGUGUCUGGUUCAGCGAGCAGAGCAUUAUUUUUUGCAACGAAUUGUGGUCAACGACAGAAGUCAAAUGUGAAGUGCUCCUCUGAUGGCAGCGAAGUUUCAUAUUCUCGCCCAAGUGCGAAUGAAUAUGCGACUUUAUCCAACCAUCUUCUAUCUGAUGCUCGUAUCAUUUAUUGUGCUGCUCCUGCUCUGGGACAUAAUAAGGUAUGCUACACUUUUAUUCAUCAAUUAAAUCACUUCAUGAGUAUAGCUGGGCAUCUGUUCAUCGUGAGGAAACAUGCAUUCAAUUAGAAUAUAAAAUGCCAUCUCCUUUCAAUUAUUUCACAGUAUAGGCAACUGUUAUACAGACAUGAAAGCUUGCAGGAAAUUAUUAACCUGCUGUAAAACCAAUCUUGAUUAGCAAAGAAGAAUGAUUAGUAUUAGAAGAAAUGCGUCAGAUGGGAUGGUCUCGAUGGGGAUCUUAGAAAAGAUAUGUCGAUGAUAAAAUUAUGAGGUAUAUUUUAUAGAUCGAUUGUGAAAGCUUAGCCAACAUUUGCCUACCCUAUACAUGGUGGGGAGAGAACCAGUUAGUUUGUUUCACUGAAUUAAAAAAUAAGCUGCCCUGCUUGCAAAUGGAAGACAAGAAGAGACUCCAGUAGGUACCACGAGGAGAGUUGACCUUUACCUGAGGAUGUAUAAUUGUAUACGUAAGUCACCAAGGGAAGAAUUAGAGGCCAAGAAAAGUGGCCAUGUACUGUGUACUGCGUAUCGGUUUUGUGUUCCUGUGAUGUUCUCUCACCUUUGGAAAUUAUUCAGGAAUCACACCCAGAGUCCAAUUUGAGGAUUCCUUCAAUCAUUGAUGCCCUUGACAAGAUGGAGCUUACGCCGAAGGUGGGUACAUCUUUCUUUAUCUGUUGGGACAUCAUGUUGAAACAUUUUCCGUCUUUUUUUUGAAAGUAUAACACUUUUUUAGGCGCAAUUUUACGGAUUUUAUCAUUUUUAUUACACUAUGACUUAUAGAAUCGUAAGGUUCUCGUAUGCAUUUGUCAUGUAAAGUCAUUUGUACUUAUUUUAAAUAAGUACUUUAUUCGUACACAUAAAUUUGCUUUCAUUCUAAAUUGGAAUUGUUGAGCAUCAUAACUGGAUUGAUUGAUUCUCGUGAAUAAGACUACAAACGUUUAAUUGAUUUAUUAAAAUUUGACCACUUUUCCGUUUUGAAGUUCCAUUCCCACUCUCUCUACCUUCCCAGAUACAUAGCCCAUCAUACCUUAGAAUAACUGCAUGAAUAUAUAUUUUCUUUUCCAGGUUUACUUGCUUAAAUGUAACUGCAGAUUUAAAAUGUGUUUAUUCGUUUGUGAGUCGCUUUUGCUUAGAUGAUGUUUCCAGUAAUUUCACAUUGAAGCUGCAUCUGUUCUGAAUUUCAGUUCCGUGGCUUGGAGAUUAUUGAACUCAAUGAUGUCAAGCCAGCAUCGAUAGAUGAUAUUGUGAGAGUUCAUACAAGAUCUUAUGUAGCUGGCCUCGAGAAGGUAAUAUUUUCAUCUCCAUUCCUUCUGUUGUAUCGAUCACUUUAAUUUAUUUUGGACUGAAACAUAUGUAGCUAUGAUUAUCUUUAUUCUGACGCAUUACUGUCGGAAACUCAAUCUCUUGUUCACUACCUGCAUCAAUUGCAGAUAUAGUGUAGACACAGAUGGAUUGUCUUAUAGGUCCCCUCCCCAAACCUCCAGUUUUCUCAAGUUUUAAUCCACUUUUAUUGAUACAGCACAAUAAAGUCCUCGUUGAUACCGACGUGCAUCGAGGCUAAUAACCAGACAUUCAAGCCAUAGAGCUUAAUAGACCACAUUGCCCUGUUUCAUUAAUCUUCAACUGUCCCUUGGUUGUGUUCAAUUUGUUGUGGCUCAUUUUAUCCAGUUAGGUCUUAUACGAGAGUUGAUGGCCAAAAUUUGCUUUGCACGUGCCUAUGCGGAUCAGACUCCGGAACCCACAAAAAACUGAGUUGACUAAUAGAAGUUGACAAACUCUGGCAGUGUCCUGGGCUACGUUUAGCUAAUUGUUGAUGGGACCCUGAGGAACUGGUGAUUACUUUUGUUUCCAUGCGAUAUCGUCUUAAUGUACAGGACUGUCUGCGUCAAGUUGGGUCCUGAUAUAUGACGCCGCAGUGAUUUUUAAAUUGAUUUCUGGGUUUGAUAAUGAUUUGAUGCGUGGGUGUCUUUCUGAUCUUACAACUUGCAGGCUAUGCCUAAGGCGUCACAAGAAGGCCUUAUUUUUAUUGAUGGAUCAGGACCGACAUAUGCCACUAAAACUGUAAUCACUACCCAGACUUAUCUCACUUUAAUGAACGGGCUGGCUAGUUUGUGGUUGCAAACUGGGUCUACGGAAAAUAUGGGCGCUUUUUGGAUAAAAAUUGUGUACUUUGACUUUUUUAAAAAGUAACAAUGACCCACAAAUCUCAUUUUUGUAUUCGUGGCGAUGCAGACGUUUCAAGAAUCUCUUAUUGCAGCUGGUGCAGGGAUAGCAUUGGUUGAUGCAGUGGUAAAGAACUUUCACUUAUAAUUUCCUUGUAUUUCAAUUGAAAAGUAUAUAACUUCUUCUGAUUAUUGUCCAGCCCGGUCAAGUAUCAGAUAAUAUUUAAAUAAUAUUCGAGUAAAUAAUUUCGUAUUCUUAUAUAAUUUUAUUUUAGAACCACCAAUGUGCUCUACAUUAAUUAUCUAUGAAUACUUUUUUCAGGCCGCUGUAAAGAAACAUAUAUCCUUUGUUUGUAACGCUCUACCUAUCCUACUGCUAUCUGUUUAGGUUGCAGCGUCAAAAUUAACCUCGAGUCCACCUGUCGGGUUUGCCUUGAUCAGACCACCAGGUCACCAUGCUGUUCCAGAAGGUCCCAUGGGGUUUUGUGUAUUUGGAAACGUAUCCGUGGCUGCUCGCUAUGCUCAACAAGUACAUGGACUGAGGCGUGUCCUCAUCAUCGAUUUUGAUGUUCACCACGGCAAUGGAACAUGUGAUGCAUUUUAUGAUGAUCCAGAUAUAUUAUUCAUCUCAACCCAUCAGGUAUCCUAUUGAUUUACUUAAUUAUUAAUAAAACAUUAAGCCAAGGUUGCUAGCAGUUUAUUUUGCUAGAAGCACAAAGCAUGCGCCAUGGUGAAUGGGUUCAAGGUCUUUAAGUGUUUAUUUGUUUGCAUCUCCGUCUUUAACUCUUACGAAUCUCUCAUCCUGAUUAGCAGUCAUUUGAUUGGGCCCGUUCUAGGAUGCAUAGAAUGACCAAGGACGCUUAUUUUCGUAAUGUAUGUAGGAUGGAAGCUAUCCUGGAACAGGGAAAAUCGAUCAGGUUGGCAGAGGAGAUGGAGAAGGAACAACCCUGAACCUGCCAUUACCAGGGGGUUCGGGAGAUAAUAUCAUGAGAGCAGCAUUUGAUGAGGUCAUUGCACCAAGCGCCCAAAGGUUCAAGCCAGAUAUCAUCCUUGUGUCGGCUGGGUCAGUUUCUCUACCUUUCUCCGGAGUAGAUGCUUAGACAUGAAGUGAUUAAACAAUAUUUUAUGGAGAAUUAAAACCUGGUUGACAUGACCAGAACAGUUUUUGAUACACUGCCGCCCAUUUACUCUUCUCUAUUCAGUUAUGAUGCCCAUGUCCUGGACCCCCUGGCUGGCCUACAGUUUACUACGAGCACAUACUACAUGCUUGGUUCUAGAAUCAAGGAACUAGCCGAGGAGCUGUGUGGAGGACGCUGUGUGUUCUUCCUGGAAGGGGGGUACAAUCUGAAUUCCCUCUCGGAUUCUGUGGCUGACACUUUCCGUGCAUUUCUCAGUGAGCCAAGCUUGGCACCACAAUUUGAUGACCCAUCUAUGUUGUACGAAGAACCCUUGGCCAAGGCGGCCAAGGCGAUCAAGAAGGCCAAACAAAUUCACUCUCUUUAG